AUAUAUUUCAAAGUCAAAGGCAAUUUGAGGCUAUAUAAAAAGGUUUUACAUAUCACAUAUAUUGCAUCAGAUUUCAGAACCUUCAAAAACAAAAGCAAUUAAUACAUUAGUUGGUUGACCGUUAUCAAAAAGCUUAUCUCUGUGAUUUUGCAUUUGCUAUACGAUCACACGAUGUGUCGACUGUUAUGUUGUUGUUGCUUCUGCCGCAAGAAGAAGAAGCCGCGAGAUGUGAAAAAGGAUAAAAAGGGAAAGAAGGAUGGAGACCUUGUUGUUUUGAAGCAGACUAAGCCUAAGAAGAAGCGGCGCGAUGAAGUAGUAGAUAUAAAAGUAGACUCAUUUUGUUGUUGUGGCGGCGGUGACGGUGGUGGUGGCGGAGACGGCGGAGGUGGAGGCUGUGGUGGUGGCGGUGGAUGUGGAGGUGGUGGUGGU